ACUCAACCCUAACUCGGACUCGACUCACCCGUCGCCUCCAGGCUCCAUAUUAUCUACACAGAGCGCACAGAAAGUUCUAGAGAGAUAAAACUCUAGAGAGAGAAAAUUAAUUUUUCUAGUGUCAUAACUUUUAAACUUUCCCCCAGAAAAAUCCAAAAAGAAAAAUUAUCACUUGCAAGUUAUCCGUAGAUUUUUUUAUUUUUUUUUAUUUGUGUAAAUUCAAAAGAUAAAUUAUAAGUAUAUGCAUAUAUAGCAAAGGACUUGGUGGUUUAAUGGGUGAGAUCUGGGAAAGAGCAGUGGAGACUGCAUUAGACGGCGAAAAUGACGUCGCGUCUGUCCGAACGUUAACCCUUGACGGCGCAGCGAAGUGCGUUCAUGGCCGGUUACCGCCGCCGUCAAUUUUCGAGAAGUUUAGUAACCUCCAGCAUCUGUCUAUAGCGAAUAUUGGCCUUUCGUCUCUUGAGCAGUUUCCUCGGCUUCGGAAUUUGCAGAAGUUGGUGCUAUCGGAUAAUCGGAUUUCUGGAGGCCUUGAAUUUCUUGUUGAGGCGGGUUUAGAAUUUCUUCUUGAUCUUGAUUUGUCGAAUAACAGGAUUUCGGAUGUUAAUGAUUUGAGACCCUUGGCGCAGCUGAGGUUAAUGUCACUGGAUCUUUAUGAGUGUCCGGUUACGCGGGUUAAGGACUAUAGAUCGCGGGCUUUUGAGUUGAUAGGGUCUUUGAAAUACUUGGAUAACAUGGAUGCAGAGGGGAAUGAGAGGCCUGAGUCGGAUGAUGAUGAGGAGGACUCAGAUGACGACGAAGAAGAUGAUGCUGGGAGUGGGGAAAUUGAAGGGGGGAAUCGGUCGUUUAGCUUAAGUAAUGAAUAUCUAACUAGGAAUGAUGGUGUUAUUGAUGUUGAUGAGGACGAGGAGAGUGAUGCCGAUGAGGAGGUAACAGAGACUUCUAGAGGGAUUAAUGGAUUAAGUGGUGCAAGCAAUUCCCAUCAGCUCUCGAAUGGGUUUAGGUUGGAGGAUGAGGGUGAUGACAGUGAGGAAGCUGAUGAUGAGUCGGUGGAAGAGAUAUAUGAAGAAGAUGAGGGUGAGGACGAUGAUGUUGUGGAGGUCCACGAGAUAGAUGACAGUAGUGGCAAGGAGGAUGGGGUGGCGGAAGAUGAAGAAGAUGACGAAGAGUUGGAUAAUGAUGAUGGUGAUUUUGAGGAGCCUGCUAGUAACGGUAGGUUGAUAGGCGUGGAAGGAGAGAUUGAUGGGCAUGAGCAGGGUGAAGAGGAUAACGGAGAGAUGGGAGGGGAAGAUCUGGAUGAUGAGGAGGAUGGAGACUUUGCGGAUGACGAUGAGGAAGAAGAUUAUGGUGCAGGGUACCUUAUUCAAAGAGUUGGACAAAUACAGGUAGAUGCUGAUGAUAGUCAUUUGGACCAAGGAAAUGAAGGUACUGAUAAGGAAGAAGAUAUCAGCGACGAAGAUGACCAAGAUGGUUCUGUCCAGGAGCUUCCAACAUCUUCUCGAAAGAGAAAUAGAGACGAAGAUAUUGAUAAUGGAGAGGAUGAAGAGGAGAAGAAGAAGCACAAGUAAUUAUGGGUAUGGUUGGUUUUGUUUAUUCCUAAGUAAAUGGUGGGAACUUGAAAUUUGCAGUCUGGUAUUAUAAACUGUUGGGUGUUUAAUUGACAAUAUUUGGAGGGAAACUGUGAAUAUGGACCUUAUUGUACUCUGUUAUAUGUUCAAAAAGUAGUUUGUUUGGAGUAGCCGUUGGUUGCUUUGUGAUAAUUUAUUCAAAUGUGAGUUAUGAGUGAGUUCAACUCGCUGUGUAACUCAGUUGCAUUGAAAGGAAACGAAAGAAAAGCCCUUAUUUCUUGUUUGCAA